AUGGUCGGGCUCCUAGGUUCUGUCCUCUUUGGAGCUCUGCUGGGCUUCGUCUCCAUUCACGUUCCUGGACUGGCGGUGGAGGUGAAGGUGCCUGCUGAGCCCCUGAGCACGCCUGUUGGCAAGACUGCCGAGCUGACCUGCAGCUACAGCACUUUGGUGGGAGACAAUUUCGCCUUGGAGUGGAGCUUUGUCCAGCCUGGGAAACCCAUCUCUGCAUCCCAUCCUAUCCUGUACUUCACCAAUGGUCAUCUAUAUCCAGUUGGUUCUAUGGCAAAUCGGGCCAGCCUGCUUCAGAACCCUCCCACAAGAGGGGUGGCCACCUUGAAACUGAGUGAUGUCCACCCCUCGGAUACUGGAACCUACCUCUGCCAAGUUAAUAACCCCCCAGAUUUCUACACCAACGGGCUGGGGCUAAUCAACUUUACUGUGCUAGUGCCCCCCAGCAGCCCCUUGUGCACUCAGAGUGGUCAAACCUCUGUGGGAGGCUCUGCUGCACUGAGAUGCAGCUCUUCCAAGGGAGUGCCCAGGCCUGCGUACAACUGGGAGCGUCUUGGAUCUUCUACGCGUUCACUCGGGAGCAUGGUGCAAGAUGAGGUAUCUGCUCAGUUAAUUCUCACCAAUCUCUCCCUGACCUCUGCCGGCACUUAUCGUUGUAUGGUCACCAACCAGUUGGGCAGUGCAGCCUGUGAGCUGAACCUCUCUGUGACUGACCCCUCUAAAGGCCGAGUGGCUGGAGCUAUGAUUGGGGUGCUCCUGGGCAUGCUGUUCCUGUCAGUUGCUGCAUUUUGUCUUAUCAGGCUCCAGGAGAGAAGGAAGAGCUCCAAGGAGACAUAUGGGGGCAGUGACCUCCGGGAGGAUGCCUUUGCUCCUGGGAUUUCUCAGCAGACUUCUGUGAGGACUGAUUGUAGCAAUGGGCUCCUCAAGAGUGCUCCAUUCACUAGCACUGUGAAGACCACCAGAUCCAAGCGCCCUAUGGUCAUCUGA